AUGUUCCAGUGUUACAACGUUCCUGGAAUACAUUGCAUUUCCAGCAGAGAUCCAAAUUUUACAAGUACAAAGGAAAUAGAAUUGGCAAGAAAUCAAUCUUUCUAUCUUUUCCAAGCUUUAUAUUUAUUUAUAACAAGAUGGAUGUGAUCCUAAGCGUUUAGGGUUACAUCCACCUUCUCGAGUUAUUAGUGACCAUGGUAGAUUAUACAGCUAUAAUGAUUGAUAUAAUCCUGUAGCUUUCAGAAAGUCUAACAAUUUCUUCCCCUGGAUCUUCUUUUCCCAGCAUUUUGAGUUAGUUGGUAAGAUUGUGCUGUUUCCAUUUAUCUUUGUACUUGGGACAAGCUGUUAAUAAGCGUUCAAUGGAGCUAGGUAGAUUCACAGAUAUUUCUUUUGGUUCUAUUUUUGUUUUCAAGCUUCCACAGAACAGCAUUGGCAACGAAUCUGCGCGGAGACUUCGACGAAGGGAAACGUUGAAUCGCCGCCAUUUUGCGUGGCCGAGGGUUGGUCCAGAGGGGAUGCUGCGCAGCAUCACACUCCGGUAUCGUUUGCACUGAGGGAGAGCAAUGCUGCUAUUGGAUCGACGUCCUCGAUUCAGAGGGCCAUGCAAAUUCUCAAGGACCGCUCGCGUAUACAAGAAAUUCCAGCUUCCUGUGAAGAAGAAAAGAAAGAAAUGGAACAACAAAUUUCGAUCAGCCAUCAGUGAGCAACUGGCUCAACAAGAAAUCUCCGUUAAUUGGUGCAUCCUGUAUUUUAUGGGCCACGCAAAUUCUUAGCUUCUUAUGAAGAAGAAACAAAAGAUUUCAAUCCAUCAGUCGACAACUAGAUUAACUGGAUUGAGAGAUGUCAGUUGAAUCGUGAAAAGGAAGAGACAGAGUUUAGAGUCAACAGCCGAUGAGAACGGUUGGAAUUGAUGACGCAGAGAUUCAGGGACGACGACUGCGCAGGAUUUCUCUCUCGAUGCGGCGUGUGUCGCGGCGGCGGUUGGCCAACCCCUUCACGUCGGCGGAGGGUGGCAGAGGGUGCGGUCUAGCUCCCGUAAUCAAUACCGGUGUCGGCUGGCCUCGCUUCGCCAUCCACGCGAAAUCCUGCAGACACACCGCGAAUUUUUCUUCUUGUCGUCGCCGUCUUAUCGGCUUUUUGUUCAUUCCCUUCCAUUCUUCUUCUACCCUGCUUAUCGUUGUUUUGUCCAGCAACGAAUUCGCCAACUCGUCCCCUUUCUCUCUCAACUCUCGCCACUUUGUUUCCUGCGUUGUUCUCCACGCAGUCGUCGAAAGUGGCAGGACACGCGCAAUGUACCUAGUGUAUAGACAGAUAAGAAGAUUCAGCGCGGUGACCGUGGUCUAUAAAUGCACGGCAGACAAAGUUAGCCCGGAGGGAAAAUAAGAGAAAACGCGGACAGUCGCUUCCUGAAAGGCGAGCCCGUUAAUUGCAUAAAUGAUUCUCACGGGAGGAGUGCUCGGUAAUUAUACCGGCGCAUUCCUUGGCCACGGAGCCAGCCCAGCGUAAACGUAGACGCGUGAGAGUUGCGUACACGCGAAUACUCGUGGCUGCUUAAAUCAUUAAUUAGUGCCGCACGCGCUACACCGUUGAAAACCGCAGAGUUUCGCACGGGGCCGUGCGUAUAAACGCCGUUGAAUAAUCGCGAUUCUUCGCUGCCAGCUGUAUAUAUGUAUAUAUAUAUUCUACUCGGUCGAGGUGAUCCGAUCCGUCUUUUGGUUUCAACCUAGCGUCUGGAUUUACACAUCCAAUAAUCACGUAAAUCACGUCCUGUUUUCUCCU